AUGUUUUUCUGCGAUGUUUGCAACGCUGUAUUCUUGAGACAGUCGGCGGAAAAGCAACAUAAAAAGGCAACAAAGCACUGCUUUUGCCGGGACUGCGACAAAGCUCUAGCAUCUUCAACAGACCUUCAAAAUCACAUUCGUGCUGUUCAUUGUUACAAGUGUCCAACUUGCUCGAAAAAUCUUGUGUCAAGGCUGUCGUUGGCCAGUCACCAAAGGACACAGCGACACUGCUACUGUGGUGACUGCAACAAAGUCUUCAAGACCGAUCAAGGACUCAAAUCACAUAUUCAGGUAUUACUACACUCGACCGAGUUUCGUUGCUGUGAUUGUGAUCGGCAAUUUAAUACCGGCGCCGCCUUGGAUCAGCACCUUCAAUACAAGGUUCACGAACGUCCAGCUGCCACCAAUAGAAGCGAAGCGCAGAAGACCACAAAGGAAAUCGAGGCGACAAGUUUCUGUUGCAGCAAGUGUUGUCGUACAUUUGCUACCGAGUGGUCGUUGGAGCAGCACCUUGGCUCUCUUGCACAUCGGCCGCUGGGCAGUCUGGGUUGCUUUGCUGGCGCAUCGUGCAAAAAAAGGUUUUGCAGCCUAUCUGCCGUGCUUCACCACCUCGAAAGUGGCGCUUGUUCUUCAGGCAUGGAUUACGAUCAGUUGAAAAUCUUGAUCACACAGUAUGACACCGAAAGGCUCAUCACCAAGAUGCCGCCUCAUGGUACUGCUUUCCUCGAGGCCCAGUCAGAUGUCGUUUCAAUUCUCAUGCGCACACCGUCGAGUCUGUCCUUGAGCUCUACCUCGGAUGGAUGUCUGACACCCAUAAGUGGCAGCAUAUCUGACUGGACCCUGCUAAUCUCGCAGUCUCCUUCGCAUCGCUGCCCCUUCUGCCCUCUCCAUCGUCGCCCCUUUCGAGAUGCAACAGCUCUCCAGCAUCACAUCCAGUCAGCGGCUCACCAGGAGCCUUUUAUUUACUGUCCGGCAGCAAUAUCUGGGAGCGAGAACGGCAACUCAAAAGCCAUUCGAAAAUUCAAGACGGUAAGCGCGCUGGCACAGCACCUCGAAAGCGGCGCGUGCAUAGGUGGCGAAGCCAGCUUUUGGGAGGCCAUCAAGUACAUAGACACGCGCCUGCAGAACAUGGGUAUGCCAUUCAGGCUUACGCAAGGCAAAGAAACGUAA